GAGAGAGAGAUAGAGAGAAAGUGAGAGAGUGAGAGAGAGAUGUGGAGUAAUCAGUGAGAUUGUCUAAAGAAAGGAAGAACUAUAGAAGAGGAGGAGGGAAGAAAACAUCUUCAAAAUGAGCAGAACAACAUUCUUUGAGGUGGAGAUUCUGGACGCUAGAACCAAAGAGCAGCUGUGUUUUCUGGACAAGGUUGAACCUCACUCAACUAUCUGUGACAUCAAAGGACUGUUCCACAAGUCAUAUCCACAAUGGUAUCCUGCAAGACAAGCCCUCAAACUCCAUCCUAAGGGAAAUGUGCUUAAAGAUGAUGAAGUAUUACAGAAUCUCCCGGUUGGGACCACAGCCAAGCUCUAUUUCCGAGACCUUGGCCCACAGUUAGGCUGGACAAUGGUGUUUUUGUUGGAGUAUGUGGGACCCCUCUUGAUAUACCUUCCUUUCUACUUCCGAGUUCCCUACAUCUACACCCAUAAAUACACCUUCACCAGCAGUCCUCAUCCUGUGGUCAGUCUGGCCUGUGCCUGUCACUCUUUCCACUACAUUAAGAGGCUGGUGGAGACCAUCUUUGUGCACCGAUUCUCUCAUGGAACCAUGCCGCUAAGGAUUAUGGUUAGGAACUGUGCUUAUUACUGGGGUUUUGCUGCUUGGCUGGCCUACUACAUCAACCACCCACUCUACACUCCUCCGUUGUAUGGAGAGACGCAGAUCAACUAUGCACUGGUUCUCUUUGUGCUGUGUGAGGCGGGUAAUUUCUCCAUUCACUGGUCUCUCAACAGUUUAAGAGGAGAAGGCCCUAAGUGUCGGCGGUUCCCUCAUCCGUCUAAAAACCCUUUCACCUGGCUGUUCUUCUUCGUGUCCUGCCCUAACUACACAUAUGAGGUGGGAGUCUGGGUGAGCUUCUCCAUCAUGACCCAGUGUGUUCCAGUCGCUCUUUUCACGCUGUUAGGAUUCGUGCAGAUGACAAUAUGGGCUAAAGGGAAGCACAAAGCCUACAUCAGAGAAUUUAAGGACUACCCAACCCUCCGCAUGCCCAUCCUCCCGUUCAUCCUCUGACAGUAAAGACGGAGCGUUCCUCUGGAGCCAUAUACCUCCACUCUGCCUGAGUUUAGAAGACCACACGGUGCUUCGUACGGCAAUUUCCUCAUUCAUCCUUCAGUGUAAGGACUACCGGAACCCACGGAUGCUUAUUUUCUUAUUCCUCCUUCUCUGUGGAGGUCAGUGGGAAACUGAAGAACCUUGUCAAGAACACUUUCCCCAAUGAUCUCAGCUCUUUUCCCUGCUGGGCGCUGGCAGUGAAUGAAG